GUGUGGUUGGUGGUUCCCGGAAGUGACGCGGGUGUAUCGGAGCGCCGCCGGAAGUGAGAGGUACGGAGAAUCGGGAGAGGAGCUUCCCGCCUUCUGAGCGCACCGGAACCGAGAGACACCGGAGACAGUGUGCUCUUCAUCAUGCCGGCUCUUCUGGAGAGACCCAAGCUGACCAACACCAUGGCCCGCGCCCUCCAUCGGCACGUUAUGAUGGAGCGGGAACGCAAGCGACAAGAGGAGGAGGAGGUGGACAAGAUGAUGGAGCAGAAGAUGCGAGAUGAACAAGAGAGGAGGAGGAAGAAGGAAAUGGAGGAGAGGAUGUCCCUGGAGGAGACCCGGGAACAGAUCAUGAAGCUCCAGGAGAAGCUGAACAAGUUACAGGAGGAAAAACAUCAACUCUUCCUACAGCUGAAGAAGGUUCUCCAUGAAGAGGAAAAGAGGAGAAGGAAGGAGCAAAGGGACACUUGCACGCAGUAUUUGAAGGACCUCGGCAGUGACCUCGGCACUCUGACAUCUGCCAACUACCCGCAGGGCAUGGUAAUGCACGCCGGGGCUCAUCUCCUCAACAUGCAGGGGAGCCCUGGAGGUCAUUCUCGGCACAGCUCUCUUAUGGCCGAUCGGGCCAAGCAGAUGUUUGGUCCUCCCAUUAUAACUGGCCGUCAUUAUUCGACACAGCCGUCCUUCAGUCCCACUGCGGCAGAACACGGCCAGUACCAGACCAGCCAAUCAGGUCACAGCCCCUAUACCGUCAGCCAGUCACAGCACAGCUUUGGAGCAGCCCAGGCUGGAGCGGUCAGCUAUACAGGCAGCCAGCCUAUCAGAGGUCCUUCUGCUUUCCCCACCAUGCAGUACUUGUCCCACCAGCAGCAAGGAUAUGCGGUCCACGGCCAUUAUACUGGAGCUCAUGCAGGGUUCAUCCCUCCCAGCAGCGGCAUUCCUCUCCAGAAGCAGCUUGAACACGCCAACCAGCAGUCUGGCUUCACCGACUCUUCUACCCUCCGCCCUAUGCACCCCCAGGCUCUGCACCCCACCCAGACUCUCCUCACCGCACCUCAGAUAGCUGUGCCCAUGCAAACUGCCAAGUCUGCCUUGUCUUACACCCACCCUUCAAGGUCUGCUUCUCCUGGAGGGUACAGCCACGGGACUCCACCUCAGCAGCCCCACACAUCUGGAUUUCAGGCCUCCCCUCAGCAAACACCCCGUCUUCCAUUCAUGCAGCAUGGACAGAACCAGCGCUUCUACCACAAAUAAAUCAUCGGGGUCUCUUAUUACUGACGAGAUUGGUUUUCUAAUAAGAUUAAAGCCGGAUUGUAAAUAUUCUUCCUCCUCUCACUACUUAGAAAUUCUUCGACAGUCUCACCUAAAGCUCCGUACUGCUUCCUCUCAAAUGACAUCGGCUGUACGCACGGCCCAUACUGCGGUCAGAUGGAGGCCAGCACUGGAAAGGGUGUUGGAGUGUAAAAUUCUUCAUCAAAUUGGUUGGUGUGGGGCAGUACAUACAGUUCAUAUUUAGACCCGUUACUCAAUGAGGCUUCUUAUACUUUGACCCGACACCUCUGUCCUGCCUUCCUCAGAUCUCCAUCUGACCCGACCCCCUCUGUCCUCCCUUCCUUAG